AUGGCGGGAGCGUCAGGUCACCUUUUGGUCCCCAAGGCCAUGAGGCUGAUCAAGUACGCCGUUGAGAAGUCGGGUCGCCUCAUCCGUGAGAAGCUUCCGCAGGCAGCAAAGCCGGUUGAGGCCAACGCCGAGCCUGCAUACGCCCGUGUUUCUCAGCGACAACCCAUCAGCCGCAUCAAUCAGAUUCGACAAGCUCAUAGCAGCCGUCUUUACAGCACAAGCCGUGCAACUAUAAAUUCUGCCAGACACUAUUCUUCGUACUCUGGCACCUCGACACGAACCCGGGCAUCUUACCCAUCUUCUCGAACGGCCGCCGCUGUCGGUCGAUCCACUGGCCGAGUUCCUUUUGCCUCGACCCUUCGACCAAGUCUCACAGGUGGCACGCUCUGCCGUUCAGCGGGAGGCUAUGGCUUAGGAGGUGGUCGUGUUGGCGGAGCGAGAUACUUCUCGCACUCACCUACUGCCCCGGCGCAGGUUGUCAACAAUGUCUCACAGGCCGUUCGAGCCUUUUGGUUAUCUGGGCAAAAGGCGCGAUUCGAUGGAGCGACAAAGACUGGAGAGAAACGAUUCAGGGCCGUCUCGAAUCUGCAAGAAGACGCCCGACAAAGAAUGGACAUGUCCUCGGCCAAUGCACCCGGCUCGUUCAUCGACUUCAAAGUCUGCCCAACCAUCACCGCCGUCGGCCCACUCAGCAACAUCCCACGCUCACCAUCACCAUCUUGUGAUGACGAGUCCGAGCAGCACUCUCUGAAUAACACCAAGCUCAUGUCCAACUUGGCUGUCGACUUUGCCCGUGCGCUGAAAGAUCUAGCCGCAAUCAUGAACGACUUGAAACACCUGGCAACAUUGGGCGACCUGCCUCUCUUCCUGCACGACAACAGCACCCUCCGUGUUCGUUUCCCUGGAUGUGACUCGGACACCGUCGAGGGCCUAUGCAGGGAGCUCAACAUCAAGCGAGGCAUAGUCGGACAGGACGAGGAUUUUGACUCUCAGAACGGCACUGACAUGGCCCUGAUGUUUCCAUUCGCUCCGAGCAAGACCGCGAGUGAAGUUUGUCUCGAGGCUCUGGCCAGACCUGCGAAACGAGCCAAGCGGGACUGCGUAGACUGGCACGAGAUGCUCACUCCACCGCGGCGGCAAUCCGCAGGCUACUCUCAUGUGUCUGAUCGAGGUCGAUCACCAGACAAUUUCGAGGUGGUCGACGGUGCCUUGGGUACUAACCCUUGGGUAUCAUCGCCUUCGGGAUACUCUAGCCUGCAUGAGAGCGAGCUAGGCGAGGGAGAUGCUGCCAUGUACUUCUUUCAGCCUGAGAGGGCAAGGGUGGCUGGUCGGGAUCUAGCUUCCGUGAGAGACAACGGAUACGAAGGACUGGAAGGAAUUUAUCGGUUCAUCGAGGAGUGUGACCGAGUUCGAUCCUGA